AGCGUAUCUCUCGGAAUGUGUCAUAUCCGGGACAGUUUGGAGAGUCAGAGAGUUUCUGGCGAGAUGGUCAUGGCUGAGGGUGCAGUUGUUUUAAGGAGAAAUCGGCCGGGGACCAAAGAGAAGGAUUUUUACAACUGGCCCGAUGAGUCUUUCGAGGAGAUGGACAGCACACUGGCUGUGCAACAGUACAUUCAACAGAAUAUCCGCUCAGACUGCGCAAACAUAGAGCAUAUUCUGGAGCCUCCCGAGGGGCAGGACGAGGGAGUGUGGAAGUAUGAGCAUCUUAGACAGUUUUGCCUUGAAUUGAAUGGACUUGCAGUCAAACUUCAGGGAGAAUGCCACCCAGACACGUGUACACAGAUGACUGCCACAGAGCAAUGGAUAUUCCUCUGUGCCGCACACAAGACCCCCAAAGAGUGCCCUGCCAUAGACUACACCAGACACACCCUGGAUGGGGCUGCCUGUCUUCUCAACAGUAACAAGUAUUUCCCUAGCCGAGUGAGCAUCAAGGAGUCCUCUGUGGCAAAGCUGGGUUCAGUGUGUCGGCGAAUCUACAGGAUAUUCUCUCAUGCCUACUUCCACCACCGCCAGAUAUUUGAUAAAUACGAGAAUGAGACGUUCCUGUGCCACAGGUUCACACGCUUUGUUAUGAAGUACAACCUCAUGUCGAAGGACAAUCUGAUCGUGCCCAUCAUGGAGGAAGAGGAGGAGGCGGAAGCGGAAGCAGAAGCCGAAGCCGAGGCGGAGGCAGAGGCAGAGCAAAGCGAGGGCACAGCAGAGAGUGAGGCCUGAGGAGCUCAAAGCCAUCCUCAGAUGGACGUGGCCACAAGCACGUCACACACAAGCAGGAAGAACGCACAAAUACACACACACACACACACACACACACACACACACACAGCCAAGGCCAAGUACCUUAGACAUGCUCACACACCUACUACUCUUUCAUACAUUGAAGACAGAUCAUAUAGGUCCUUGAUAUGGGUGCAGAACACUUCUAUUUUGCCAAAACUACAGUGUAGACUGUCACUCCAUCCUGGAUCUUGAAAAGCACACACACACACACACACACACACACACCUUCUGGGUUGGUCACAUCACUACACUUAGACCUUUCAGAUCUCUAUGCUGGUCGAUUGCACUAGUACACCCUAAAUCAUGUGGCCAUUUCACUGCCUGCCUUCCACACAUGCACACUGCCAUACAUGUCUACACUCUUGCCUGGAAGUUAACAUGUAGGCCUAUAGAUUCUAUAUUUGCCAAAUGAACACUACCACAACAUGCCAUGUUAAUAUGUAUGAGAUGAACUCUUUAACGUGUUGUAAAUGGACAGUUACAAUCAGCUGGCUGGUGAUUUUAGCAGGAGUGGAUGUAAGACAACAUGAUUCCUCUGCGGGUACUUUGCAGGACAAUGUUCUUUAAAGGGAGAAUUAAACAUACUAAUUUCUCAGUCUUGAGAACAUACUGUAUUUUUGACUUAGCCAUGUCAACUUGUUCUUUUGAUUCCUCCCGGCCCUCCCCAAGGUCAUUUAUUUAAGUUAUUGUUUCUAAUAGGGAUGCAGAAUAUUUACUAUUUACAUUAAUACAGUCCCAGUUUUUCUAUUGUCAGUUAGAAAUAAACAUCAUUGACAUUUAUAUGUGAAAUAAAUAACAGUUAUUCAAA